AUAACUCGUGUCUCAGAAUUCCUCCUCCUGGGCCUCUCAGAUGACCCUGAACUGCAGCCCCUCCUCUUUGGGCUGUUCCUGUCCAUGUACCUGGUCACUGUGCUUGGGAACCUACUCAUCAUCCUGGCUGUCAGCUCUGAUGCCCACCUCCACACCCCCAUGUACUUCUUCCUCUCCCACCUGUCCUUGGCUGACAUUGGUUACAUCUCCACCACCGUUCCCAAGAUGAUUGUGGACAUCCAAACUCACAGUAGAGUCAUCUCCUACAUGGGAUGCAUGACACAGAUGUCUAUUUUCAUUCUUUUUGGAUGCUUGGACAGUCUACUCCUGAGUGUAAUGGCCUAUGACCGGUUUGUGGCCAUCUGUCACCCCCUACACUACCUGGUCAUCCUGAAUUCCCGCUUCUGUGGCUGGUUGGUUUGGGUGUCAUUUUUCGUCAGCGUUUUGGUCUCCCAGCUGCAAAGUUUGGUAGUGUUAGAACUUACUUUCUUCCUGGAUGUGGAAAUUCCUCAUUUCUUCUGUGACCCUUCUCAGCUAUUCAGUCUUGCCUGUUUUAAAAUCCCCAGCAAUAAUAUAGUCAUCUAUUUUAUUGGUGCCAUUUUUGGUGGUAUUCCAGUCUCGGGGAUCCUUAUCUCUUAUACUCAAAUUGUUUCCUCCAUUCUGAGAGUCCCCUCAUCAGGUGGGAGGUACAAAGCCUUCUCCACCUGUGGCUCUCACCUGUCAGUUGUUUGUUUAUUUUAUGGAACAGGCCUUGGAGUGUACCUCAGUUCCACUGUUUCACAUUCCCGCAGGAAGGCUGUAGUGGUCUCAGUGAUGUACACUGUUGUCGUCCCCAUGCUGAAUCCCUUCAUCUACAGCCUCAGGAACAGAGACAUCAAGAGGGCCAUGUGGAGGCUCCUCAAACGAACAGCCUAA